AUGGAUGUAAAAGGAAGAGGAAACAACACCUUAUGUGAGGACGAGAUGGACCUCAGAAGAGGCCCUUGGACCGUUGAUGAGGACGACACCCUUGUCAAUUACAUUGCCACUCAUGGCGAAGGUCGUUGGAAUACCCUCGCCCUCUCUGCCGGCCUCAAACGAACGGGUAAGAGUUGCAGAUUGAGGUGGCUGAACUAUCUCCGUCCUGAUGUUCGACGUGGAAACAUCACACUUGAAGAACAACUUUUGAUCCUGGAGCUCCAUUCUCGCUGGGGAAACCGAUGGUCGAAAAUUGCCCAAUAUUUGCCUGGGAGAACCGACAAUGAGAUAAAGAACUAUUGGAGAACCCGAGUCCAAAAGCAUGCCAAACAACUCAAAUGUGACGUGAAUAGCAAGCAAUUCAAGGACACCAUGCGCUACCUUUGGAUGCCGCGGCUGGUGGAACGAAUUCAGGCAGCCGCUGCGGCUUCGACUACUUCUGCUACUACUACCACUGCUGCUACGAUUUCUCCAACUAACUUAUCCACCACCACAACUGUCACGACCAAUAACGGGUACAACUACGGCAACAACCUCAAUAACAACAAUUUUGAGGUCAAUAAUCAUGGCGGUAAAAUGGGGUUAACUUCUUCAGUUAUGAACAACGAUCUUGUGGGUUCACAAAGGGCACAAAGUUAUACCCCAGAGAAUAGUAGCACGGCCGCGUCAUCAUCAGACUCGUUUGGGACUCAGGUCUCAACGAUCUCUGAUUUGAAUGAUUAUUACAGUGUUCCUGUUAGUAGUAACAAUAACCCUAAUUCCAUACAUUAUUACCAACCCUCUCAAAUGAGUUAUUCGGAUUGCAUCACAAGCCCAUCUGGGUUGUUCCCCCAGGGACUGGAUUUCCAAGCCAUGGAGCCAAACAACCCUUGGAACAUGCAAAGUGGGGACUCGUCCGACAAUUUUUGGAACGUUGAAAACAUGUUGUUUUUACAGCAGCAACUUAUGAAUGACAACAUGUAAAACGUUGGGAAUAGGAAU